GCACUAAGUCGAGGAUACCAGUUUCCUCUGGAUCCUUCUCUAGAUCAUUUUCAGAGGCCAUGCACAGAUUGUCCAUCUCCUUUUAGAAAGAAAUAAGUCUGGAACUAUACCAUCUGACAGCCAAGGAGCCACACCUUUGCACUAUGCUGCUCAGAGUAACUUUGCUGAAACGGUUAAAGUGUUUUUAAAACAUCCUUCAGUGAAAGAUGAUUCAGACCUGGAAGGAAGAACAUCCUUUAUGUGGGCAGCUGGCAAAGGCAGUGAUGAUGUCCUUAGGACUAUGCUGAGCUUAAAAUCGGACAUAGAUAUUAACAUGGCUGACAAAUACGGAGGUACAGCUUUGCAUGCUGCUGCUCUUUCUGGCCAUGUCAGCACCGUGAAGUUAUUACUGGAAAAUAACGCUCAAGUAGAUGCUACUGAUGUUAUGAAACAUACUCCACUUUUCCGAGCCUGUGAGAUGGGACACAAAGAUGUGAUUCAGACACUCAUUAAAGGUGGAGCAAGGGUAGAUCUAGUUGACCAAGAUGGACAUUCUCUUCUACAUUGGGCAGCACUGGGAGGAAAUGCUGAUGUUUGCCAGAUAUUAAUAGAAAAUAAGAUCAAUCCAAAUGUCCAGGAUUAUGCAGGAAGAACCCCUUUGCAGUGUGCUGCAUAUGGAGGCUAUAUCAACUGCAUGGCAGUUCUCAUGGAAAAUAAUGCAGACCCUAACAUUCAAGACAAAGAGGGAAGAACAGCUUUGCAUUGGUCCUGCAACAAUGGAUACCUUGAUGCCAUUAAAUUACUGCUAGACUUUGCUGCUUUCCCUAAUCAGAUGGAAAACAAUGAAGAGAGAUACACACCCCUUGAUUAUGCUUUGCUUGGUGAGCGCCAUGAAGUGAUCCAGUUCAUGUUGGAACACGGUGCCCUGUCCAUCGCAGCCAUACAAGACAUCGCCGCCUUCAAAAUCCAAGCUGUCUACAAAGGGUACAAGGUCAGAAAAGCCUUCCGAGACAGGAAAAAUCUCCUUAUGAAGCAUGAACAGUUGAGAAAAGAUGCUGCUGCCAAAAAGCGAGAGGAAGAAAACAAACGAAAAGAGGCAGAACAGCAAAAAGGAAGGCGGAGCCCAGAUUCCUGCAGACCCCAGGCCCUUCCCUGUCUGCCCAGCACCCAGGAUGUGCCCAGCAGGCAGAGCCGGGUCCCCAGCAAACAGCCUCCUGCUGGCAACGUGGCACAAGGCCCUGAGCCAAGAGACAGCAGAGGAUCUCCAGGAGGGUCUCUAGGCAGAGCCCUCCAGAAGGAGCAGCAUGUUUCCUCAGAUUUGCAGGGAACACACUCCAGAAGGCCAAAUGAAACAGCCAGAGAACAUUCUAAAGGCCAAUCUGCUUGUGUCCACUUCAGACCCAAUGAAGGCAGUGAUGGAAACAGGCAUCCAGGAGUUCCCUCUGUUGAGAAGCCCAGAGGUGAGACAGCUGGCGAUCAUCGGUGUGCAAAGGGGAAAGGCUUCAUGAAGCAGCCCUCCUGUAUCAGGGUGGCUGAGCCUGAUGAGAAAGGAGAGGACUCCAGGCGGGCAGCUGCAAGCCUUCCACCACACGAUAGCCACUGGAAGCCCAGCAGGCGGCAUGACACAGAACCCAAGGCCAAAUGUGCCCCCCAGAAAAGGCGCACUCAAGAGCUCAAAGGAGGAAGGUGCUCCCCGGCUGGUUCUAGCCGCCCUGGCAGUGCCCGGGGGGAGGCGGUCCUUGCUGGGCAGAAUCCUCCCCACCAUCGUACACCAAGAAACAAAGUGACACAAGCCAAGCUCACAGGAGGGCUCUGUUCAGAUUUGCCACAGAGCACAGAGGAGUUGAGGUCAGGAGCCGGGAGGCUGGAGCCAUCCACCCUGUCCGAGGACUUUCAGGUAUCUAAGGAGACUGAUCCAGCACCUCGUCCCCUCUCUGGGCAGAGUGUGAAUAUUGACCUUCUCCCCGUAGAGCUCCGACUGCAGAUAAUUCAGAGAGAACGAAGGAGGAAAGAGCUGUUUCGCAAAAAGAACAAAGCAGCAGCAGUCAUCCAGCGCGCCUGGCGAAGCUACCAGCUCAGGAAGCACCUGUCCCACCUUCGGCAUAUGAAGCAGCUUGGAGCUGGAGAUGUGGACAGAUGGAGGCAAGAAUGUACAGCAUUGCUCCUCCAGGUUUGGAGGAAGGAACUGGAACUAAAACUCCCCCAAACCACUGCAGUAAGCAAGGCCCCCAAGAGUCCAUCCAAGGGCACCUCAGGCACAAAGUCCACCAAGCACUCAGUGCUUAAGCAAAUCUAUGGUUGUUCUCACGAAGGGAAAAUACAUCAUCCUACAAGAUCUGUAAAAGCCUCUUCUGUGCUGCGUCUCAACUCAGUGAGCAACCUACAGUGUAUUCAUCUCCUUGAGAACAGUGGAAGAUCAAAGAACUUUUCUUAUAACCUGCAAUCAGCUACUCAGCCAAAAAACAAAACAAAACCUUGACUGCCUAUGGAGGAAGACUGUGUUCGGGGGAGCUGGCAUAGCUAGUGCAGAGUUCAGAUUUUCUGCUGAUAAUCUUUUACACCCUGGGAAAACUUUAAUAUCCGUACCUGAAGGCUGAUUCACCUAAAAAUGUGUUAACUGAAAGAAUGUUUCCUUUCUGCUCUUACACAGCAUUGUUUUGUCAAUCAACGUAGCCUGCACUGAAAGGACCCGCAUAGACUAUGUCUGUGCAAAGUGCCUGAGUGUCUGCUUUCACCUCAGUCUGUACAGUUAGAAAUGAGCAUUCAUAAUUAACAGUAAAAUCUAAGGAAAACUAAGGCUGCUGGGUUGGGAUUUCUGCCAGCUAGCUGGUACUGGCUUCUUGACUCAAAAGAUGAACCUAAAUGAGAUAGGAAGCCUGUCCCAUAGCAGCCUUCCUCUCACCACUUUCCUGGAAUCUAAUGCAACAGACUUAUCACACACACCACAUCACAUCCCACUGUUACUUCAAAAUUAAUCAGGUUUAAAUUUUAGAUCAGAAUCAUGACCCACUGUUUGCAUUUAGAAAUUGUCCAAAAGACCAUAGAUACAUUCUGGUGAUUCCUUACAUUUUACAGUUCCUACGUUAGCCUCUCAAGGCCACAAGUUGCCGCCACGUCUUCUCUGAAUGGCUUUCUCAGUGCUGAAUACCAACAGCCGUAUUACAGCAUCAAGGAUUCUGUCAGGUAGGGUUUACAGACCAGACUGUUCACGUAGCAAGGUGCUAACUCAGGCUUCAACGUUCUACUUGUAUUUUCUGACCAACUUGCAGAAGUGAGCAAUCUUCUUAAAAUGCCAUUCCUGUUGGCAGGGAAGAAUGAAACGGCACACAUCCUAGCAUUCUAAGAACACCUGGUUUAAAUAAAAUUCAGUGACCAUGGGCUCUUUCACAUUGUUUACAGGGAAAGCUGCUGUGGGAAUAUAGACAGUAGGCAUAAACAGUGACAUAUUUUACUCACAAGUACGUUGGGGGUUGCUUUCAUUUUCUUCAGAUCAGUGCCACUUCUAUGCUAACGGUAAGAGAUAGAUAGGCAAUGAAGUGUUCAGUUAAGUUAAUUACCUUGGUUUUUAGUUUACUAAUUAUUAUAUUCAUCGUUUUUGUGAUCACAAAAACACAAAGAAUGAGGUCUGCCUGGAUGGGAUUACAAAGAUUUAGCCAAUUUCUUGGUAUAUAACAGAAGGUACCACUGUAUCACUCUCUAUUUUGUAAAUAUUUAGCUCCUAUGCAAUGCACAAUGCACAACCCUACGACCAUGUAUCGUGUGCUAGUCCAGGAAGCCAGCCUACACAUCAAUAGGAACUCCCAAGCAUUAUUUUCCUACAUCAGUGCAAAGAAGGUUCGUAAACUUCUUUAAAAGUUCAGCUUUAAUGACAAAGAACUAUUACAUCAGUCUUUCUUCAAAUAAGAUAGAUGUGAAUAAACAACUUCAAAAAGGA